ACUCUAGAGUUAUUGCAGUCAAUAUGGCGUAGGCGAUCGUUUUGCUGUUGGCGAGUCAACUGUGUACUUUCGAAUCGGUGAUAGGUGACGUCUAGUAAUUACGUUUAGAUUUUUAUAUGGCCCAUAUCUCAUCACAGCGACACCAUGAAAAAGAUCAUCCUCCACAAGCCGGACGCCUAUCGAAUGAUGACAGAAUCUCAAAAUUCAACUGCAGAAUCUCCUAGCAGUUCAAUACCUCAGCCAGCUGUACCAGACUAUAGCCGUUUAAUGACUCCAGAAUUCUUCGACGAAGAUCUAGAAAGAAUAUUAGAAAAACCUGGUACAGUUCCAAUAGGUAAGGAUAAAUGGAAAUCUAGGGAAUACGAUCUCUGUAAACUAUAUUAAUAACAUCAAAGCGAUCGGGAUGACAUGUCAAUCUCCUAUGCUUUAUUCGUCCUUGGUUUUAAUUUACUUUCCUAACGAAUAUUUCAUAAUUAAUAUACGGUUCGUUUAUACGUGUAUACCUAUGUAUUUAUUUAACAAAAAAGAGUGUAAUAGUUCAACAACAAAGCAUUAUUAAUUAUUUAGAACGGUGAAUUUAUUGUGUUAGAAAAAGGCCGAAGAAGGAGAGGGUGAGAAGAAUUAAGGGAGAUGGGAACUGAGCAUCGGUAACAGGGGACAGAAUAAACAGAAGGAGAGAGACAGACGAAGAAGAUACGAGGGGCCAUGGACUAGGGAAAUAUGCAAAUGAAAUAAAAAAAUAUCAUAAACAAAGAGAGCAACAGAAAAAAGUCAUACAGCACGUAUAUAUUAAUAUACAGUAUAUCAACGUAGUGCACAUUAAAUAGGUUAGAUGAAUUAGAAUAGUAGCAUUUUGCUACUGCCUGCUCUUAAUCCACACUUUGUAGUUUGAAUAUAGUUUACAUUAACACAUUAAAUAUUAUCGAAUACUUAUACGAAUUAUCGACAAUUUGGACGCUAAGCGAUGCUUAAACUACACUUUCUAAGAGAAUAAAUAUAGGCAUAGAUGAUUCCAUUCCUCUUUUCUAAUAGUAUUAUUUUUUGUAUUCAUUUGUUGUUUAACCGACCAAAAACCUUAUGUUUCUUUUAAAUUAAGCGCGUUACACACAAAGAGCAAAUGAUUUUUUCUAGGCCAUCGAACGAGCGUUUCUUGCCCUGGACGCGAGGCGUCACUAGCUUCUAGCUCAUCUGUCAAAUCAGACGUACCCCGGAAAACUAGGCUUUUUUUUUAUAGGCUAUCUAAUUGACAUAAAUGGGUCGUAAUAAUUCUCUUGGCUAAUUUUGAUAAGAAUUUUUAUGAGAAAAUGAAUAAAUAAUUGAAUAGUUUACAGUAUACAGUCACUUUAAUGUAUUUCUUUAUUUCCUCUUUCCCCAUAGGCGUUAAAAAACAAAAAGGUAAACCUCCUUCGGCAAGAGCAUCCGUUAUUUGUGCUGUCUGCUCAAAGAAGUUCAACAAUUCUUCGGCUCUCGCCAAACACAAACUCACACACUCGAAUGAAAGAAAAUAUGUUUGCAAAAUUUGCUCCAAGGCGUUCAAAAGGCAGGACCAUUUGAACGGUCAUAUGCUAACUCAUAGAUCAAAGAAACCGUUUGCCUGUAAAUUUAAAAGUUGUGAGAAAAGCUACUGCGACGCUAGAUCACUUAGGAGACACGUCGAAAAUGCUCAUGCUCAAGAUGUCGAAAAAAUUGUAGAAGCUAGACGGAUAAUGAACGCCGCCUAUAGUCCAAUUACUCCCACUGGGCCGAAUUCAAACGUAUUUUGGGAAGGUAAUUUUUUUGAUGAUCCCAUGACUGUUGAGUGUAAAGAAUGUAAUAGAAAAUUUAAAAAUAUGGCCGCCCUCAAUGGUCAUAUGCGUUUACACGGAGGUUAUCAAAAGAAAAGCGACGAUUUACCAGACACCAAACAAAAUUACGAAGCAGAAGAUAUACUUAACGAUAUAACGAACACCAGUGCUGAAGAAGACGAUGAUGUAUUUUCUCUAAAACAGAUGGCGCCUCUAGUUGUUUCAACAGAUAAAAAACGGCGAACAAUGUCAGCGGAUGCUGACAAGUUCACUGCACCACAAAGACCUUACGUGACCAAGGAGAGUAUAGUACAAUUGCUUAAACAGGCUGGUAUGGAAGAAAUUUUGAAUAAAGUGGGAUUGGAAGUCGAUACUGCAGGUGCAGACGAAUGUCUCGAAUUGCCGGAUGUUGACGUCUUGGAAAAUCGAAAUUCGAAACAUCAUCGACAGUUAAAUGAUGCGUGCACCGAACCGAAAUUAUUCUAUAAAAAAGAAAGUUUAGAACCGCCUAAAGUAGGAUUAGAAAAGUACCAGACUGAUUCUUGUCUAGAACUUCUUGAUCUACCGAUAAGCGAGGGUCAAGGAUUCAAAGUUGAACCUGCUAAAUUACUCCUCGAUACAUUCGAAUCAGAGGUAAAAGAAGAAGUUAGUAGAGUUGGAAAAACUAAAUCUUGUUCUAGUAUUGAAAUGUUGGAAGAUAAUCCAGAACUUCGUAGACCGUUUAAUAAAAUUGAAUUUCUACAAGGUGACAAAAACAAUCAUAUAGAAACGAACGUGCAUAAUCAAAGUUUCAGUAAACUUAGCAAUAAACAACCUCACAUUAACAUAACGCCUUGUCGAAGUAAACAGGAGAAAAGAUUUCGUAAUGCAGAACUACCAAAAGUAAAGAAAAAAUAUAUACCUGAACCAUUAGUGAUACCUCCAAAUUUAAAUACCUCUUUUGGCUUUGUCUCUCAUCUACGCUCGCCAAAAUUUGACGAGACUAGUUGUACAAUUCCUCCCUACACACCACCUCCAAUCCUCUCACCCGCCAGAAGAGGUUCCGGUUUAUUUUGGACAGUUAAAAAUCAAAAUUGCUUGCUACCUUUAGAAACUGAUAUACUACCGCAUAUCAACAUUGGAACAAACUAUCAAGCUCAAAUUCCUCAAUUGCAGAUAAUGAAAACAACGGAAAUUUACCCAGAAACAUCUGUUUGGUCAGUUGAGUCAGCUAAUCGCUUAUGCGACUUAGAGUUGUCCAACUAUGAAAAGAUUGCUUGUAGUGCUGCAGUUCCUGGUACAGGAACAAACAAGGAAUAUGCCUUGCACGUACUUCACGCAGCCAAAGGAGAUGUUAAACUCGCGAUGAUGCUUCUCUUAACGGGAGACGUAAAAUCGGAAGAAUCCGUCCGUAAACGUAUCAAUUAUGAUCUUCCGCUGGACGAGACAGAGCCGUGGAGUAGGCCCGAAAUUGAAUCUUUUAGUCAAGCUAUGGUUAGUCACGAUAAGAAUUUUAGAAAAGUCUCCGAAUGUGUUGGAACCAAAAAUAUUCGUCAGUGUGUUCAAUUCUAUUACUUAUGGAAGAAAGUAUGCGCAAAUGAAUAUAAGAAGAUGAAAAUGGUUAGGAAGAGAAGACAUCAGAAUGAAAACUUUUUAUUAAGAUCAACAAUGGAUGAUUAAAGGAUUUAGAAGAGAAUUUAAUCAUUUAUUAUUUAAAUUAUACAACAAAUUUUAAUUCUUUGUUUAUUAUAUUUGUCUUUAUGACUUUUUUGUUUUUCUUUUAUUUAUAUUUUUUGCCUUUUAAUGUGCCAUAUAAAAAACACGAACGGAAAUUAAACUUUUUGUGAUCCAGUUACCCAAUCAUUUCUUAAUUUUCAAUUAGUAACAGUUAAACGCCAAACACUCUUCUAUAAUACAAUUCCCCGGUACUUUCCUCUCUUGUAAUUACAUAAAACAAGUUGCCAAAGAGAAAAAACUGCUCAUCUUUUAUUCAAUAAAAUAGACUACUUCCAGUAUCUCUUCGCGUAAAUGUUUUAACUUGGUUUAAUGUUAAAACAGUAAACUGUUUUUUAAAAGUGAAGUGAAGAGAAGAGAUAGAAUAGGAUGAUGAGUUUUAAUUUCUAAUGUUUUUUUUUAAUUAAUGCUACUCUUCCGUUUGAUAGCUGAAAAUGAGAUAGAAAAGACAAUAACAUUUUAAUUAACUUUCCAUUUAUUU